AUGGAAUACCUUACUCGUCUUCUUAUUCAAGCUUCUCAUAGAAAGGACUUCAGAUUUCAUCCUAACUGUAAAAAGCUGAAGCAUGUUAGCCCAGGUUUUGUUGAUGACUUGGUGCUGUUUUGUAAGGGAUUUCCUAGUUUGGUUCAAGUUUUAAAAGAGUGCUUCACUUCAUUUAGUCUUGCUUCUGGUUUGAUAGCCAAUAUGGCUAAGUCUCAGGUUUAUUUUGGGGGUUUAACAAAGGAGGAUAUGAAGAGUAUUUUGGCUAUGCUUCAAUUUUAUGAAGGGUCAUUUCCAUUAAGAUAUCUUGGGAUUCCUCUCCGGCCUACUAAAUGGAAACCUGGAGACUGUGCCUUAAUAGUAAAAAAGAUUCACCUCAGGCUUCGCUCAUGGUCUAGCUGUCAUCUUUCAUUUGUUGGUCAAGCACAACUUAUCCAUUCAGUGUUAUUGGGUAUAAGAACUUUCUGGAUGAGCAUAUUUCUUCUUCCCAAUAGUGUCAUUUGUGAGAUUGACCAUUUAUGUAGAAAGUUUUUAUGGGGAUCUGUAGACAGCAAUUGA